CUUCUGCUGAACGAAUUUUAAAGUGGAAUUCGCAUAAACUCGUUGAGUGCAUGCAGCUAGAGCAGUUUGUUUAAGAAGAAUAUCGUGUAUACGCCCAGUUGGCACAGGACUUAUUGUUUAAAUUGGUAACUGUGUUUUGUUAAGUUUCAAGUUAAGCACAUGAAUUAUAGAAUUUCAAUUCAAGGGGAAUUCGAGAAUGAUAGUGCGAACUACUCAUAGUUAGUUAGAAUAUCUACUUUGUGGUUUAAAAUCAUUAGGCUUUGAGUAAUUUACACAAAAGUUCCGCAUCAAAGAACCCAAUUUUAGCAACUAUUCCAAUCAUUUUACCAUUUAUUGGCCGCAGGCCCAGCUAACGUGUUUGUGGUCAAAUUUUUAUUUUACCCUCUUCGAUUGCCACAGGUGCGGUGGCUUAGUAAUUUGUCAUUUUCCGUUUGGUCAGCUACUGCUCCCUGUGGACCCAAGGUACCUGGCAGUUGUGUGACAUUCGCCUUGGAGCCGGAAAGGCCAAGCCUUGGCUAAUCAAUAAGUUUUGGGAAAUGGGAAGCAAACUGGAAAAUAGCUCACUCCAAAUGGAACUUUUUCCUAUGAUUGUGGUAUUGAUUAUGAUUUUCAAUGGCGUUGGUGGGCACGGAAAAUGCCCACCGGGCAAGAAGUGGACCCCAAUGACUAAAAAGUGUAUAAAAUAUUACUUUGGCUCAUACAUUAAUAAGUAUAAAAAAGGUGAGUCGAGGCUAUUAAAAAUAAUGACAACUAAUUUUGAGGUUAUUCCAGACAAAACCCACAGAAAUAUAAAGAUAGAAUAAUAAAAGGAUUCCCACACAAAUAAAACGGAGGCAAGAAGUAUGAUAAAUUAAAUGUUAUUUGUUUGGGCUGAGUUGGGUUUUUGCUGGCAAAACAAUGCAUUAAUUCUGGUCGAUGGUGUUGAAAAACCUUUUGGGGUAUGGUAUGCGAAAUUCAACCCCUUCUUCGGCUCAUUCGAUGCUUUUGUUUAUACAAAAUGGACAACAAUUUGUGCCUUGAUCAAAACUUAGACAAGGUUUAAGAAGUGUCUGAAAAUUGAAGGCGAUAACGGGUUGUGUUCCUGUCUUAAUACUUUUCAUUUAUCAUUGACAGACAGUUUGUUUUUAGCACACUUCGCAAUGACUGAAAAACAGACAACUAUUGUUUAUGAAUUUUUUUUUUUGCCGGCCAGUCAUUAUCCAUUUAAAGAACACAAAUUCUCGUUUUACAUAUUGAGGCACCAGCAAAAUGAAUAAAAAAUAUUUAUAUGAACAAGCGAGCUGUGCAACAAAAUAUUAUCAAGAUUGCCUGUCAAAAUAUCCGUAAACGCCAGUACGUGUGCAUCGAAAAUUCUUAAAUGGUUAUCGAUUUUAUUUUCCUCGCUUUAGUUUUAUGACAAUUAUUAACUUCGUUUAUAUUUCGUUUGCAGUGCGCAAAUACGAUAAUAGACGCCCGAUUACAUUAUCGUAACGCCCGAUUAGUUCUGGAUAAAGAUAAAGUAAUUACUGGCAAAUAUGGAAAUUACACAGGUGUAUAUGCAAGAUUAUAUAAAGACAGAUAUAUAAGUUGACCCAAUUUGUAAAUAAAUGACAGGACUGAUUUGGAAAGAAAUAUGGUACCUUACUGUAGAGAAUAAUGGAAUAAACAGAGGUUUUACUUAUAAAGAAACCUCCUUUUUAUAAUAUGGGAAUGUUGUUAUCACAUUUGUUUUUUUAUUUCAAAUUGUAUCUUUCUGUG